ACCAGUUUAGAUCGACUAGCCGAAAGGGACAGCUACUGAAACGACCAUGGAUCACAUCAAGAACAAGAACAUUUUGAUCACCGGUGCCGCCAGCGGUAUUGGCUUAGCCUAUGCCCAGAACAUGCUGAAAAAUGGAGCUAAGACUGUCGCCAUUCUCGACUUGAAGACAUCGAUUGGUCAGACGUCCGUUCUUAAUUUGGAGAAAGAAUUUGGAAAGGGAAAAGCCAUGUUCUUCGCCUGUGACGUGUCUAACGUUGACCAAUUCGCAGAAAUGUUCAAGAAGGCCAUAAACGCUAUGAACGGCGUCGACAUUGUCAUCAACAAUGCUGGUAUCUUCAAUGACCUGUUAUGGGAACAAACCGUUCGCAUAAACAUAGGUGCCGUGAUCCAAGGAUCCUUGCUCGCCAUGGAGCACAUGGGCAAGCACAAAGGUGGCAAAGGCGGUAUCCUCGUGAACAUUGGGUCGAUCUUGAGUCUCGUCUACACACCCAUGUGCCCAGUAUACUGUGCCAGCAAGCACGAGGUGCUUGCAUUCAGUCGCUGUUUGGAGGGUAACUUCGAGACCACUGGUGUCCGCGUUCUCGUGUUGUGUCCAGGCGUCACGGACACUAACUUGCUCGUCGACAUGAACAAAAAGGUCUUCGACUUCACCGAUCAGAAGACCUUGAGGGAGUUCAUGGAAACCCUUCCCUCUCAAUCGCCCCAGAACGUGGCAAACGCGAUGGUAACUCUCAUCCAGAAAGGCGAGAAUGGAGCCAUCUGGGUCAGCGAGGGCGAACAACCACCAGUCGGUGUUGAAAUCCCUGCAGUCAAGAGGGUGCAACUCAACCUGUAAAAACACUUCUUCGUCAUUCGAAGUUCAAAAUUGUGAUUGUAAGAAACCUGAGAAUUUACCAAAACUGUGGUGAUUCUUUGACGAUUUCUUAAUAAAUUGCUUUUUUUACAA